GCGCCGGGCGGCGGCGCUCGGCGGGCUGGCUCGAGUCGCCCCGCGGCGGCAGGAGAACGCCAGCCAAGCGACCGGAGGACCGCGGGCUGCGCCGGCUGCGAGUCCCCCGCCUGCAACUUUUUCUCGCCUCCGGGUUCCAGAUUCGAGACUUGGGGGGGGGGCUGGUUGAUAAAUAUUCCUGUACAUAUGUGUGAGCUAAUAAAACAGUUCUCGAAGCGGCUUCUCCUUCGUGCCAGAGCCACUUGCCUUCUUGUCUGGGCUAUAAACUUUUGCUGCCAGACCUCUGCAGAACGUGCCCAACCGAAUCCUAAAGUAGCGUCUUGAAGAGCGCGGCAGAGCGCGCACCCCGUGACCUUGAUCCCCGCACCGUGCUUGCUCCUCUGCCUCCCCGGCCGCCUCCCUCCUCCCCAGGGGAGCGUCGAGAAAGCGCCUUUUUGGAUGCUGGAGGGGGCAUCUGGUUCUGCUGGGCUGGAGAGCCGAGGCAGGAUUUGAGGAAGAAUUAUUAGACUCCGAGGAGCCCGGACUCUUCGCCUCGGCGUCUCCCCCGCUCCGCUGCUGGCGGGCUCCAGCCCGCGCCUGCCUCCUCCCCGCACCACUUCCGAGGCCGGCUGGCGUGCGGGGGCGCGGGACUGGGACCCCUGCCGCUGCCCGCCGGAGUUCUGGGAAGUUGUGGCUGUCGAGGAUGGGGGUCUGUGGGUACCUGUUCCUGCCCUGGAAGUGCCUCGUGGUCGUGUCUCUCAGGCUGCUGUUCCUUGUACCCACAGGAGUGCCGGUGCGCAGCGGCGAUGCCACCUUCCCCAAAGCUAUGGACAACGUGACGGUCCGGCAGGGGGAGAGCGCCACCCUCAGGUGUACCAUAGAUGAUAGGGUCACCCGGGUGGCCUGGCUAAACCGCAGCACCAUCCUCUAUGCUGGGAAUGACAAGUGGUCCAUAGACCCGCGUGUCAUCAUCCUGGUCAACACACCAACCCAGUACAGCAUCAUGAUCCAGAACGUGGAUGUGUAUGACGAAGGCCCCUACACCUGCUCUGUGCAGACAGACAAUCAUCCCAAAACCUCCCGGGUCCACCUCAUCGUGCAAGUUCCUCCCCAGAUCAUGAAUAUCUCCUCAGACAUCACCGUGAAUGAGGGAAGCAGUGUGACCCUGUUGUGUCUUGCGAUUGGCCGACCAGAGCCAACUGUGACAUGGAGACAUCUAUCAGUCAAGGAAGGCCAGGGAUUCGUGAGUGAAGAUGAAUACCUGGAAAUCUCUGACAUCAAGCGGGACCAGUCUGGGGAGUAUGAGUGCAGUGCUUUGAACGAUGUUGCUGCGCCAGAUGUGCGGAAAGUGAAAAUCACUGUGAACUACCCUCCCUAUAUCUCCAAAGCCAAGAACACUGGGGUCUCAGUUGGUCAGAAGGGCAUCCUGAGCUGUGAAGCCUCUGCAGUUCCCAUGGCCGAGUUCCAGUGGUUCAAGGAAGACACCAGGUUAGCUACUGGCCUGGAUGGGGUGAGAAUUGAGAACAAGGGCCGCAUAUCCACGUUGACCUUCUUCAACGUCUCAGAGAAAGAUUACGGGAACUACACUUGUGUGGCCACAAACAAGCUUGGAAACACCAAUGCCAGCAUCACAUUGUAUGGGCCUGGAGCAGUCAUUGAUGGUGUAAACUCGGCCUCUAGAGCGCUGGCUUGUCUCUGGCUCUCAGGGACUCUCUUUGCCCACUUCUUCAUCAAGUUUUGAUAAGAAAUCAUAGGUCCUCUGAGCAACACCUGCUUCUCCAUAUCACAGACUUUAAUCUACACUGCAGAGGGCAAACCAGUUUGGGCUUCUUUUUGUUUGUUUCUGUUUUUCUUCCUGAUUUUUUGCUUCUUGGGUUUCUUUUUCGGUUUGUUUGCUUUUGGGGGUUGGUUUGCUUAUUUGAUUUUGUUUUCCAGCUGGAAUGAGUGGGGUUGGGGGGAGGGGCGGGCAGGGUUCUACCACGUGUAGAAUAAUCAUUCAUGGGUGUGUCCAAAAUGGAAUGUGCUCCUGCUACCUUAGCCCUUCUGUUCCCCCUGCUUCUCCCCCCAUCAUCAUAACCACCAGCCUCCCCCACUACCACUACCACCACCACACACCAAACCAUAAGUUCCAUUUGGGCAAAAAAUGUGCCUCAUGAUAAACACCCUGAAGACACAACUUGACUCAAUGUAGUACACAGCAAGGGUUACAUCCAAGUGUCCUAGUAUCUGUGUCUUAAGCUUCAGAUCAUUUGCCUAAGUAUAAUGUACAUAUCCCCCUCCCUCUUUAUUAUUGCCUAUUUUCACUAGGGUUCACACCUUGUCUUUCUGGGAAGUUAUCUCACUAUUUCCAAAUCCUGCAUCUUCUCCAGUCACCCCAUCCUAUUCAUUUUUUUUCCACCAGCUGCAGAGACUGGAGGUCUGGGGCUAUGCAUGGAACCUAAAACUAAAACUGUAGAAGUCAAGUGACUUUAAAAGGAGGAGGUAUUUUGAAGAGAGUGCUUCUCUUUUAAAAACAUUAUCCUACUCAUAAAAGAAUGAGCAAUAGAUGGCUGCUAAUUUAGACCUCAUCUGGCCAUCUAUCAAAGCAGUCAUGUGACUAUGCAUCUACUCGAUUGUCUGAUUUCUCUCUCCAUUCAAUUAUUACCCACCUGUCUUCCUCUCUAUUUACUUGAUCAAGCUAUCAAUGUAAUAAUCUAAUCCAGGUGGACCAACAUAGCACUUGAAUGGUCAGUCCCUCACUAUUUCCAGAAGAGUCUGUGUUUCCUAAAAACAUCAUCUUGGGAAGCAGAUCAUCUCUGAAAAAGCCUUGGUUAGCACUAUGUUUUUUCUUUCACAGUUGAAGGACUAAGGUACCAACCUUCAUUCUUCCCUCGGCCUUUCAAGAAAGAGCAUAUCAGGAACCUAUGGCAUUCCUUAGUAGGAAAAACCUAAGAGAAAACACAUAUGGAUCUGCAAUGUGCAGUCAGCAAUCCACCCGUUAAAGAGAGUGAGGACUUCAGCUGAUGGCUCCUCUGCCUAGUUCUGGUUUGAUCUGUUUGAAAACUAUCCGGUAAAGAGCUGAUGGAGGUCCAAUUACAUGGCGGGUGUGUUGACAACUCCAGUAUUUGUUUCAGGAAGCUCUUCUGAGCUGAGGGCCCUUGAGCAACUGACUUAAUUUCUAAGCACUUGAUGAACACAACAUUGCAAGUAGAAGGGGAAUGUGUAAGUGACAGGAUUUCCUCUGAGGCAGGCUGCUUCUCCAGUGGCUUGGGGGAAGAAUCUCCCCAGCUCCCCCAGUUCAAAGCAUCUCCAGUGUUCAAACAAGAGUGGACAUGCCUUUUCUGCAUUGUCUCCUGGUACAAGAGAGCUCAUCCAGCAAGGGGCCUGUGAUUCAAAAGAAUAGCAUCGAAAAACACUACAGAACUGUGAAGCAGAAACUGGCCUGUGGAGAGAAUGAGGAAGAUGUAUCAACAAUGACUUUCUUACAGACCUGCCCUGCCUCGGUCGGAAAACUGUUUUGGGUCCACAUUUUUAAAAAUAAUAAAUGUGAGCUUCAUAGAGUUCCAUAGUUCCAUUCCCUUAAUGUGUAAUUGAUCUUCUUCCCCCUAAAGAGGUGCCUCCUCCCUUGACACAUGAACAUGACAUCUAUGGUUGGGGCACAUGUACAUUCACAUACUCACAUGCACACGUUCUUGCACACACGCAUGCUGGCUUGGCAUACAUAAAGCUAGGUUUUGUCGCAAGAGGCAGAAGUGGCAUGAGUGAAAUGAAUAUGAUCCAUGCCAGCGAUCUACAGACAUCUGCAUUUCCUAGUGAGCUGCCAAGAGCCAGGUUCUGGGAGCAUAAAUGGUGUGCCAGAAAACAGUCUAUUGAUGCCAAGCUCCAGAGACUGUCAUGAGCCGGCCCCAAAUCAAAAUUAAAGGUCGGGCGCAUGCAGUUGAGAUCUGUCACCACAGCCAGCACCUGGGCCAGGCUGGUGACAGACACCCUCUGGGAAUACCAUGUCACUUGAGUGUGCCACCGGUACUGCAUCUGUUACUUUAGGGGGUCAAACAGAUGUGCAGGCUGUGGGGAGUAGAUGGUCUUGGAGAACAUGGUUCUUGAAAUGGACUCGCUCUACCUGUUCCUCACUCCAAGACUUGCCAGAAAGGAAGGGGUCUGCCUUUCUUUGGCCAAGGAGAUCAUCAGAACCUUUCAAACCCAAUGUGGCUGGUCCCAGGAUUAUUGCAGAACUCUGCUCUGCCCUGUUCCACCAGACACUAGCAAGCACCUCUGGUGGGGACCUAUUUCUGCAUGACAUGCUACAGUCAAUCCUUUUUUAUCUGGGACAAAGAACACCAAGUAAAUAAUAAGAUCCAAGUCAACCAGGGCAUGCGAGUGAAGAUGACUUUCCCUCACAAGAGACCUGAUCUAGCUUCAGCAAUGUUUGUGUGGACUCUCUGGCUAUUCCCCAACAUCUGGAAAGGUACAGCACAGCAGACGUUUGCUAAAGACAGUAUCCACAUACACACUUGCUUUUCUGACUUUGCAUACGGUAGGUAGGUGGCUGAGGUAUACUGGACAGGUUUGUUCAGGAUGCCGGUGGUGGUGGGGGGAGGGGGAGUGGGACCCAGGGAGGGGCAACAGCUCCGUGUAGAGUUUUCUAUGUGGGAAGGAAACCAAAUAUGGCUUAUCGGGAGAUUAGGUGAGAGGAAGUCGGUGAUGCAGUUACUCUGAAACUCUUUCCCUUUCCUAAACAAAGUUAAUGCAGCAUGCACUUCCACCAAAGUAAUGCCAAUGAAAAGUGCUAGUGUGAACCCUGGCCAAGCUUGUUUCUCAAUGUCAAGUGCCUGAUACAGUCAUCUGCAAGUCUAAAGAGGUGGGCUUAGUUGUACUUAUUCUUGCUUUAAUUGGGAGGGUGAAGACAGAGGAGAGAGGCUGUCAUAGUAAGGAUAUAUUCUAUGCAGACAGCACUGUGCCUGGUGGUUCUGCUGCCUGUGAGAUUGCUUUGUGUCAUGAAGAGGACUCUACUACGAAGUCCACACCUCUUCCUAGAUGCUUCAAUUUACAAGUCGGGCAGUUAAUUCUCAAAAGCUGGGUGGCACGUGUGCAGAACCUCCAUAACUGAUGCUGAGUUUGAGGGUCUACUACCCCUGCCCUCUCCAAAGGGGGCUUAGCAAGCUCUGCUGCUGGUGAGGGAACGAUGACCUCCAAGAGGCAGAGAGCCUCCAAGUAAGUGCACAGGCAAUCCCAGCAGGCGUUCAUUGCUACCACUCACCAGGGGUAGCUCUAAAUUAAAUCCCCAAGCUUCACUUGCUGCAUCCAGUGGCAAUGGGGACAUCUUAUCGGUAGUUGAAUGUGGCUGCCAGCAGAAGGAGGGGCAGAGUGGCUUAAAGUGAGCUGAGAUCUCAUGGUGUGGUCUUUCCCCAUCUUGAUCCUUGAGUUCUCAACAGAAAAAGACAAAUUAGCUUUGUAAAUCCCCAGGACCAGACCCUUCCCCAACCACAUUUCACCCUCUCUGCUCACCUCCCCCUCCCCCCCAAAAUUAGUCCCUUUGGAAUUACAAGCAUAGCAUUUUUUUUUUUUUUUUUUUUUUUUGUCAAGCAGCAAAAUCUGCUAGACAGGGGCUAGAAUCUGUUUUCAUUUCGAUCAAGCUCUAUUCCUGUAAACUCAUACCACUGCUUUCCCUCCUAUUAUCCAAGACUUCCCUGUGUUUUUCUUUCGAGACAAAUAAGUUUUGAGCUGUUGCAGCAAAACUUCACAGGUGUGUAACUAGGAAGGCAACAUUUUCAAAAAAGAUACCAUAUGAUGAGAACUCCUAAUGAUCACUGAAACACAAACAAAUAAAAAUGCUAGUCUCAUUUCCCUCAUUUCUUACUUAAGAGAAGAGAAGCAAAUGAAAGGAAGAAGAAACAGAUUUGCAAUUAAAAGAUGUGGCAAAAAAGAGCGGAACCAGAGCAAUUUGCCUUCAGGUGCAGAAUACUUGGGAGUCCGAGGAGAGUGGAGUGGACUUCAUUAGAGGCAAUUGUCUCCACCUGAGAGUAGUCAGCUGCGCCCAAUUCCCAGCUUCUUGGGAGAGAUUGCUUUUUGUUUCUUUCAGUGGUGCCCUGUGAUGGCCCAAAGUUGUUCCACAUGGCGAGUAGAGAAAGAAAGAUUGUGAACCCUCUACCAUCUUGUGGGACUACAGCCUACAUUAUUUGGCAGAUUUAUAAGGAUAUCAAUAAUAACAAUGAUAAGUAAUAAUUGCUGCCCUGUGUUAGUUAAAGGGAGCAUUUUUAAUCAUUCAGAGAUUUUUGUGACAUGUAACGUGCAGUUGUGAGGAAUGUGUGGGUGUACGAAAUGUAUCUGUCACGUUCAGAGUCCUCUAGAUUUAAAAAAAAAUUAUGACUUAUCAAUGGUGCCGUUAUAGCUGUGUCAGACAAUGGGUGUGCCCAUUCUCACAAUUAUCCUUAAAACAAAUCUAUGUUUAAAUGCUUUAAACAUUUAUCACAUGAUACAACAGUAUAACUUUGUCAGCCUUCUCGACUUCUUUUUUCUUUUAUUUUUUUCUCUUAUUUUUUUUCCUUCAAAAAAAUCAAUGAAGACUUGAUUUCUGUCAACAAUUGUAUUAAGGGUGAAUAUACUACCUGAAUUUUGUGCAUGUUACAUUGUAGUUGUAAGCUUUUCUAAUUCAGGAUGAAUACGAGAUGGUUGUGAUUGUGCAGUGUAUCAAUAAAGUUCAAAGAAGUUUGUAA